AAAUUUUAUCAUAAAAAUUUGUUACUUGUAAAUUAUCCUAAUCUAUAAAUGCUGUUUCAACUAAAUAUAUAAAAUUGUGUCAAAAUGAAGAAAAAAGAUCAAAAUAGUAAGAGUAAAUCCAAAAAACCAAAGGUUUUUAAAAAUGGCAAAAGUAAAAAUUUUAAGAAAAAGCUAAAAAAUAACAAUAAAGUCAACAACAGUAAGUUGAAAAUUAACAAAAACUCUAAUAAAGUGAAUAAAACUCCCAAAAAAGCUAAUAAACUGAAAGAAUCUAAGUUGGAAUAUAAAAAGCGAUUAAACAGGUCAUAUUCGUUAUUACUUCUAAAUCACAAAGAUUCCAUAAAAUCCAAAGAAAUUAUAGAUGCUUUGCUCAAGGAUUUACCCACAAAUUUCUCAGAAGCCAUUAAUAAGAAGAAUGUGUCGAGGAUACUACAGGCGUGUUUGAAGUACGGCGACUCAGAUGUUAGAGCCUCAAUUUCCCAGAGGUUCAGAGACGGACUUAACCUUACUAACCUCAAUGCACACAGCAGUAAAUUCCUUAUAAAGCUGUUUCACUACUGUAACACUGAGGUUAAGCAGUUUCUGAGGACUUCCUUCUUCAACGAGAAGCAGAAGAAUUUGAUUUUUACCAGAUUCUCCUCCGAUGUUAUGGACAUCAUUUACUCUAAACUGAGACCUAAAGAACAGAUUUCAGUUCUACAGCUUUACACAUUUUCCAACACCUUUUACCUGGAUAAUGAUGACACCAGGAAGGCUAAGGAAGUUAAUUCAAUCAAUCAGUUGAUUCAACUUAUUGCAUCAUCAUCUUCAAAAUCUUCCUGCUUAGAAAAGAUGAACUCGGUAAUUACAAGGUUGGCUGAGAAGGAAUUGAUGAUCUCAAGUCUAUCCCACGACCUACUGUUUGUAUACGUGAGUUUGAUAGAGGAUAAGACCGAAUUGGUAUCGCAGCUGUAUAAGAUUUACGGCCAGCUUUUGUCUACCAGAAGUGGCAACAACUCCAUUCUCUCACUAAUAGACUAUGCAAACGCUAAAAUUAAAAAGCAUGUCAUCAAGAGCUUGAAACGUGACUUUCCAGAAGCAGUUUAUAAUAAGAUUAAUGUACACUUUUUGAUUAAAUUAGUAAAUUUAACAGAUGACACUAAAGUCUUGUAUCAAUACUUAGUUGAGCCUCUUCUAGAGGAUUUAAACCGUCUUCUCUUUGACCAGAAUUCAACCAAAUUUGUCCUAAACUUGUUAAACACUGUUGAUGUAACAUCGCCAAACACGUUAAAGGAAGAUAAUGUGAGGAAGGAGGAACUGCAGAAGGAGUUGUUGCCUAAAUUGGUCGACUAUUUCAAUCAGUCAGACUUGAAAACUUGUCUACUUGACAAGCAUUGCAGCCAAGUUCUAUUACACACUUUGAAGCUGUCGAAAGACUCUAACCUUUUAGACUCAGUUUUAACGCUUUUUAGUGAAAAAUUACCGGAAUUCCUAGAUAACCAGCUAGUGAUAAGACUGUAUCAGAGCAUGGUGAAGUGUAAAAAUAAAAUAAGUGAGGAGUUUAAGGCGUUUAAAGUAAGUGAAAGACUAUGGGAUUCUGUGAAACCAGAUGUUAAACGAGUUUUGGGUUCUAAAGCAGUUUUUUUACUGAUAGAUUUACUGGAGUCGUUCCAAGUCCAAAACCAAACCGAGCUAAUUAAUGAUUUCAAGAAUACUGUAACUAUUGUUAUGAUCAAUGAAACUAAAAAAACUCUUACAGAUGAGAAUAUUACGGGAUUGAAUAUAUUAACGAAGUUACUAACGGAGUAGUCAGGUGGGACGAUCCAGGAGUUGUUUGAGGUAUAGUAAAAAUUUAAAGUUAAUUUUAAGUCUAUUCUUCA